AUGAAUAAGACGUCAGAACAGGAAUAUAUAUGUUGUAUUCCAUUUAAUAAUUUAAUCAUUGAAAAGGUUUCUGACGCGCCAAUAGAAGAAAAUGAUAUAUGCAUUUGCAAAGCUUUACUAAAAGAACCCGUUAAAGAUGUUACAACUGAACAAGGAAUUCAAGAUAUAACUAUUAAUCAAAUAUUAAUGAGUGAAGGUUCAACGAUAUUUGAAAGCAAAUCCCUAACAUUUAAUCAUUUACAAACAUUUGAACAUUUCAAUAUUCCAGGUAUAAAAAAAAUCAAUAUUUGGUAUCAUCUAAUUAAAUUACUUACAGGCAGUGAUGUAUUGGCUCAGUAUCUGGACGUUAAAUUAGACUCAGCUUACUGGAAAUUCGAAAUACAAGGUCUGAACCAAUGUAAUUUAGUAUUUCAAAUGGCAUCAGAAACUAUAGUUAAAAAAAUGGCAGAGAUAUCAUUCACAUCGGUUGAAAAUGCUGAAUUGGAUUUAUUUGAUUUAACGAAUCGUUUAUUUCAAAGAUUUAGGAACUUAAACGAGACACAUCACAAAAUAAAAGAAGAAUUUGCUGUAUCAAGUAUUGAGCUGUCAACUUUAACAUCUGAACGCAAAAUUCUAGAUAAAAUUCUGGAUGAACGAGAUAAAAAAACUAAAACAGUGGUAGUUGAAUUAUUGAAUGAGAAAAAGAAAAAGAUAUUUCAUCUUGAACAGCUUAUUGAAAGUAAAGGUUUUGGGAAUCUUUUACCUGAAAGUAAACCAGAUUCAGAAGUUAUAAAUACUCAUAUACUGGAUGCUGUGAAUGAACUAAAUUCUCCUGGUAAGAGGAGGAAAAUUAGAGCUAAAGGAAGUAGUGAUAAGGGCAUCAAAAGGAAGCUAAAAUAUGAAGAUAUUCUUCAAAGAGAUAGUCUGAAAAAGGAAAAGAUUGAGGGUCACGAAUUUUCCCCAGAAUUUAAUUUCUAUGGGAUUUCAAAACUACCUACAGAAGAUCCAAAUAUUUUUCUUCAGGAAACUAUAGAACCCCUAGUAAAAGUUGAACCAGGAGAAGAAUCCCUAAAUACAUCUGAUGAAUCAGAUGACGUUAAAGUAGAUCGAAAAUAUUUAACAAAGUCAAUUACCACAUCAGACUUUGAAUCCGAAACCGACGCCGACAACACCGUCGAAACUAAAGGGAAAAUCAAUACUAAUAAAGGAAGAAAUUCACAUGAAAAUAUUGGAAUUAAAGAUAUACAUAAUAAGGGAAACUACUCCACUUCUGAUAGUGAUGUGGAAACUGAAACGAGCGAUUUUUAA